AUGGAAACAACAGUUAAAGGACUCUAUCUUAUCAAGGACAUUCUCACCCCAGAAGAAGCUUCAAGUCUUGUCGAAAACUUGGAGAAACAGCUCUGGUUUCUUAACAGAUCGAAAAAGAGAAGAAUUCAAAUUUAUGGACCAAAACAUGACAAGAAGUACAAUAUCAUUCCUGAUGAAAUUACACCACUUCCUCAAUUUUUGAAAGAUUUAUGUACCACAAUUCUCGAAAGAACUGCCACACAUGUUCCAAAAAUUGAUCUAUCUCAAUAUGAAUCUUAUUUAGGAGAUGACAAGUUUACUGAAAUAUUUGUGAACGAAUACAAGCCAGAUGAUUCUCUGGACCAACACUUUGACCACCGUAAAACUUACAAGGAAAUCAUUUUUGGACUUUCACUUGAAUGUGAUUCAACAUUUACCUUUACAAAAAAGGAUAUAAAACAUCAAGUUAAAUUACCAGCUCGUUCCUUAUAUCUGAUGACUGGAUCUUCCAGAAAAUCAUUUAAACAUGGAAUUGAACCUAACCUAUUGGAGGGAGAUCGAAGAAUUUCACUCACCUUUAGAACUGUCAAUUAUCCAAGCGAAUCCUCAUCAAUUAAUGAAAAGAAAAAUUCCUCAACAACCAAAAAGAGAGGUAAUUCCAGCUGUAGUUCAAAGAAUGAAAAUGUGAAAAAGAAAAAGUAA